CGAAAGCACCAUGACAGACGCGAAAAAAAAUCCGGAACAGUAAGUUGCAAAAAUUAGACGUGCUAAAAAUAAAAAGCAAACAAUAUAAAAUAAGAUGACAAGAUAAACUAAAACCCACUAAAUCUAAUCUGAACAACAAUUAUAAUGAUCGGUUCUUGAGCUGCGUAUCGCGGGCGCCCGUAAUUUCGUCAUUUUUUGCCAAUCAUCGUAAAUGGCAAUCAAAGAGUAAUACAAAAAAUGCAUAAGCAAUCGCAAUAAAUUGGUUUAAUUAUAGAAAACGCCGUCGGAAACGGUGGAAAUUGCGCGUGUGCGGGUGGAACAGAGUGACACUCGGCGUGAAAAUCACCAUCGCCAAGGAAAAGGCGGAAAAGAGGAAAAACACCCGCGGCGAAAAUUAUUUGGGUGCGAGCGAGUGUCCGUGUGAGUGUGUGUGUGCAAAACAACACCAAAAAAAAGCAGAGAAGUUCGAGAAAUUGCAAAGUAUGUGUGUGCGUUUCGAGUCAGUGUAUGUGUGUGCGACGAAAGAAGAAUAGUCAAUUGGCGGCGGCGAUAAGCAAUAGAAGUUGAAGCAGUUCUGAAGAAGCCGAUUAAAAAGACUCGCAAACGCAUGUAACGCACACUCAACAACAGUUGGGGUUUGAAAUUAAAGGGUACUUUUGAACAUGAACAAAAAUGCCGGCGAUGGCAGCGGCAACGAUGGCAAAAACUCCAACAAAAACUCGAAUGCGGGCGGUGGCGCUGGAGCCGGGGGGCCACACGAUCCCACUGGCCUCCUAGAUGCAGCCUCUCUCUUUGCUUAUUGGGGCCGUGAUCCCACCGGAGCGGCAGCAGCUGCAGCGGCCUCCAAUCCGCUGUUCAACUCACAGUUCAAUGCCGCCGCCGCUGCAGGAUUGGGUUUGCUACCAAAUGCUGCAGGAGCUGCUGCCAACGAUCGGUAUUCGAUGGCCGCUGCAGCUGCGGCGGCAGCGGGAGCACAUCAUCAUCAGAACACCAUGGCGGUGGCUGCUUCACAGGCGGCCAGUUUGGCCGGUUUGCAUCCAGCAAGUUGGUGGUCAAUGGCUCAAUUAGCUGCCCAGGAUUACUUCAGCCGCCUGCAGGCCUCUGGACUCUCGCCCUUUCCCCAUCCCGAUCUGGCUGCAGCCUUUGGCCCAGCUGCCAUGGGCAUGGGCGGUGCAGGAGCCGGGGGUUCCAGUGGCAGCGGCGGUGGAGGCUCUGGAGUGCUAGGAGCGGGUGGUGCUGGCGGUGCUAGUGGCAAUGGUGGCGCAUCAUCCGGUUCCUCGGGCAGCAAGUCGAACAAGUCGCGCAAGGAGAAGCGAGCAGCCCAGCAGCAACAGCAGCAGCAACAGAGCCUGGCCAACAGCUUGAAUGCUGCAGCAGCGGCAGCAGCAGCAGCUGCGGCCAAUAAUCCAGCGGCUGCCCUGGCCAGCAUGCAUGGCUUUGGUGUGGUGCCGGGCACCAGCAUGCCGCAGUCGGUGAGCACGGGCAGCGGUUCGAUAUCCACCAACAGCGGGCACGGCGGUUACAAGAGCACGGCUAGCGCCUAUGGCAAACCCUCGACCAUGACGAGCAGCAGCAGCAUGGGAAGUAAUCCCGGCUCUGCCUACGAUCCGGUGACUUUGCACAAGGAACUGCUGGCCAUGCAGGCCGUGGCAGCCGCUGCCUCCUCUGGCUCGGGUUCGGGCAGUGGUUCUUCCUCCAAAAAAUCCAGUGGCGGCGGCGGAUCAUCCUCGUCCUCCUCGCUGCAUGGCCAUGGCAUGGGAAUGGGCGGCAGCGGUGGCAUAAUGUCCAGCGGCGGCAAGGCUUCCACCAGUGUCAGUGCCAGCAAUGCAUCACUGGGCGGCAUGCAUCCCAGUUUAUCCGGCAGCAAUCCCCUGAUGUCACCACACUCGGCCUCUUCCUCGUCGUCGAGCAAGGAUCGGGACAAGAACAAUCCAUCGCUGAAUGCCCUCAACUCGUUGUCACAGUUCGGAGCUCUGGGAAUGACGCCCCAGCAGAGCAUGCAGGCGGCAAUGAAUGCAUUUGCGGCCAGUACUGGAGUAGCACCACCCUCGGCCACGAUCACAUCCUCGCCUCAUUCCUCAUCUUCCGCCUCGCAGCAGCAGCAGCAGCAGCAAUUGGGUGGAAGUGGCUCGGGUUCUGGUGGCAAGGGAUCCAGUGCUAAGGAUUACAUGAUGGGCUCUGGCAGUGAUCAUCCCUCCUUGCUUGGAGUACGCCUGCCGCCAGAUACGGAAAUUAUCAAGUAUACGUCCUCCAUCGUGGGACCCAAGAUACCUGGUACUACAUCGCGUGGUCGCAAAAAGACUAUAUCUGAAACAGAAACCACACAACAACAGAAACAUCAACAACAACAACAACAACACCAACAACAAGCAGAACAACACUUACUCCAACAACAACAAGCACAAAAAGAGCUCGAUAGCACCACAAAUGCCAUUUCCUCUUUGCUUGCAUUUCCAGGUCUCAGUCCCGCCAAACGGGCUAGACUCGAAAUGGAGUAUGCAGCAAUGGCUGCAGCCGCUCAGCAACAGCAUCAGCAGGCGCAGCAGCAAGCGCAGCAGCAGGCCCAGCUUCAGGGAAUGCUUGGAGCAGCCGGAAUCUCUGGUAUGGCUGGACUUGCGGGAUUACAAGGCGUCGGCGUGGGCAAUCCCCUCGAUCAGCUGAGCGUGAGCAAGGCCAGCUCCUCGACAACCACCAGUUCCAGUUCCAGUGCGGCAACAGGAAGCAAUCUGCUCAACCAGAGCUCCUCCAGUGAUCGCGUGGAGGUCAUCAAACUGCCACCAACCAUCACAUCCAAUGGCGCGUACAAUCUAUCCAGCAAGGGCAAGGAGAUCCAUGACCUAACCACCACCGAUCAUGCUCCCACAUCCGGCGGUGUGAAUCUCAGCCUGAAGGCCAACAAUGCCAAUGCCACUGUGCCCCCAGCGGGAGCUGUGGGCUCUGCCUCGAAUCCCAUUACCAUCGAUGACUUUGAUGCACCGCUCAAUCUAUCCAUGAAGCCGUCGGAUAAGAGUACCAACGCCUCAUCCGGUGGCGCAGGCGGCGUCGGAGCUUCAUCCUCCUCUUCCAGUGCAGCGCUGGCUAGCCUGGCCAGUGACUACCAGGCGGUGGCCAGUGGCGGUCAAGGCGGUAACAGUCUGCAGAGCUUGAGUUCCAUAACAGCGGCAUUGGGCGGCACAGCUGGCGGCAUGCCAGGUGGCUCCAUUUCGGGCAGCGGUGGCACAUCACCAGCUCCAGCUGGAGCUGGCACAGGAUCAGGAUCCGGUUCUGGCGGUGGCGGUUCAUCCUCCUACAAGGAGGGACGCCCCAGAAAUCUGGGACGUGGCGUAUCCAAGCCCAAGAAGAACACGGUGGCCUCGCUGCUGGCUCAAUCCCGAGCGGUGGGCCUCAAGCCCAUGCUGGCCACGCAGCAGCUUCUGCAACAAGGAGCCGAUAUAGAGAAAAUCCGAUUGGCUCUAAGCGAGGCGAAUGCUCACAUGGAAACCUCUACGGAUUCGGAGAGUGUGGCUGCCGAAAGUGGACUCUCCGAAUCGGAAUCGGAGGAUGCCAAUAUCCUGAAUGUGGCAGAGCUAAGGGUGCCACUGGAACUAGGCUGGAAGCGUGAGACCGUGAUUCGUGGAUUGACCAAACAGGGACAAAUCCGUGGCGAAGUCACCUACUAUGCGCCGGGAGGCAGUACAGCGCCCUUGAAGAGCAUUGGACAGGUUUUUGCUAUUCUGGAACAACAGCAGCCUUCGAAUCUGAGUCGCGAGAACUUUAGCUUCUCGGCGCGAGCCAUUGUUGGAUCAUUUUUGCAACCCGCACCACCGCCAUAUGCCAAUGAUGGCGAGUACAUACGAAUGACGGACGAGGAUGUGGCCAAGCGGCUGGAGGAUCUAAAGGUCUUUACCCGUCAAACCCUCAAUGUGGAGCAGCGCAUCGAGAUAGCCAAGCAGCAGCAGGCGAUGCGGGAUGCCAAGAAGCUGCAAAAGGAGGAGCUGGCCAGGAACAAGGAGAAGGCGCGGCAGGAGAAGAAUGCCAAGCUGGAGCAGCAGCGCAAGGAGAAGGAGCUGAAGAACCAGCAGGCCGUUGAGGAACGCAAGAAGCGUCAGGAGGAAUUGGAUCGCCUCAAGCAGGAGGAAUUGCUCAAGAAACAGCAGGAGAAAGAGAAGCGUCGUCAGGAGGCCAUUUUAGCUAAGGAACAGGAAAUGCAAAAACAAAAGGAAAUGCUAUUAGCUGCUGAAAUGGAACGGGAGCGUCGUCGUCAGCACAUGAACCUAAUCCGAAUGCUGGAGCUGCGUCGCAAGUUUGAGGAGCGCGAAAAGAAGAAGCAUCAGCUGGUGCUGGACCGCCUGCUGCUACGUGAACGGCGCAUGGCCGAACGGAAGCGGGAUGCAGAGAUCCUGCAGUUGAUCCGUCGACCCAAUGAGGACUCGGAACUGCCCCAGGAGUUGGUCAUACCGGAGCUGGAUCGCAUCGCAGGCAACCGUCUGCCCGGGCAGGCUAUGGCCGAUCUGCUGAUGGUCUUUGAGUUCCUCCACAACUUUGGCGAGACCCUGGGCUUUGACAUGGAGUCACUGCCUUCCCUGCAGAAUCUCCACGAUGCUCUGAUCAGUGACAGUUGUGCCGAUGCCGAGGAGGAGCUGCUGUCCGUCAUGACGCACCUGCUGGUGUGUGCCAUUGAGGAUCCGGGUGUACCGAAUCCCGGAAGGCACACCACACUCCUUGGACAGUCAUUGCGCAACGCUGACAUUACAAACUCGAAUGUAUCGGAGAUUUUAAGGAUCUAUCUGUAUGCAACGGCCACGGGUGAAGUGCGUCAGAUGCAUGGCAUCACUGUGGACCGAGAGCGGGAGCGACGAGUGCCCGAUCAUCAUCAGCUAGACGCAGAUUCGUCCACACAUUCGCAUUCGGCCAAGAAUCAAGAGUACUACAAGCUCCUUCACGAGAACGACACCUGGAAGCUGUCGCAGUCGCUCAAGGAUCGUCCAUUUGUGGCCCUGAAUCCCACCCGGAAGGCUCAAAUGCUAGCUCACCUCUGCAACGAUUUGCUGAUGAACAAGGCCGUGCUGCGCCAGAUCGAUGGCAGCCUGGAGACCUGCGCCCAGAUGCGCAAGGAGAAGUACAUGACGGACAUGAAGGUGCGCAAGUACAAGGCCCUGCAUAUGCGCAAGGCACGCAUCGAGGCCUAUGAGCGGGCCCAGGCGGAACGGGAGGCGGCCAUGCAGGCACUGGUGGCGCAACAGAAGCUGGAUGCCGAGCGACAGAAGCAGCAGGCAGCCGAACAGGAGGAGGCGGCCAAGGCGGCAGCAGAAGCGGAGGGAGUCGAUGGAGAAGCUGUAGCUAAGAUUGCCUCACCGAAUGGUGAAAAGCCCCAGGAGGAGAAUCAGGAACAGGAUGAGCAGGCAACGCCCAUCAAGGAGCAGCAGCAGCAGCAGCAACCCAUGGAAGUGGACAGCGUGGCGGAUGAGGACUCCCUGGUGAGUCCCGCCAAGAGCCUGAACCAGCCGGUGGACGUCCAGUUGACGCCCAGUAAACAGGAUAUAACCACAACGCCCACCUAUCAGCACAACGGUUCCAGCACGCCGACAACCACGCCCAGCGCUGCUGCCGAUGCCCUGCUUCACGCCAAGAAGAGUGGAGCCCGCAACUCCAUCAACGAUGAGCAUCAUCAUCACCAUCAUCAUCCCGACGUGAGCAUCAUUGAUGACGACCUCUCCGAUCUUGAUUCGGAGAUCACCAAUGUGGAGGAGGACGAGGACAAUCGCUUGAGCGCCGAUGAGUUGCAAAAGAAGCUGGACAAGAUUGUCCGCGCUUCGCUGAACUGCAAGGAGGCGCUAGAGAAGAGCACCAAUCAGCUGAGAGCGGCCUGCUUUGGUCAGGAUCGAUUCUGGCGUCGCUACUGGAAGCUGCCCAAGGCGGGUGGCAUAUUCAUAGAAGCCUUGGAAUCCGCUCAGAAUGAUAUAUGCGGCUAUCAUGAGGCCUUGGAGGGCAUGGAUGACAAAAAGAAGGAGGAGGAAGGUCUAGGCGCCGACGAGAAGGAGCAGGAGGAGAAGGAACUGGCGGAGAAGGAGAACAGUGCUGAGAAUGAGCCAAAUCCCGAAGAGGAGCAGCCCAUGGAAGUGGAUGAACCCCUAGAGGAUGGACACCAUAACGAGGAGAAUCCGCCACAAAAAGACACAAAUGUCCAUCGCGAGGAGAACAACGAACAGGGUCAAGGCAACAAUGUGGACGAAGACGACGAUGACGAUGAUGUCACCGAGAUCAAUAAGGUGGAGCCUGAGAUUGUAGACCUCGGCGAUGAUGAUGACGAUGUGCCGCCUCCUCCUCCUCCGCCUCCGCCAAAAUUAGAACCUCCACGUCCCGAGAUUAAGGUAAAGUCCGAAAUGGAACUAAUGGGACCGCCGCCAACGACCAUGAUUGCCACCAAAACGGAUUUCGAGGCUGAGAUUAAGAUACCAGCCAUGCCUGGCAACCUAAUGCCACCCAACACAGCCACUCUCAACAACAACAACAACAACAACAAUAAUAACAACAAUAGCAAUAACAACAACAACAACAAUGGAAGCAACAACUGUGAUAAGUUGGAAACGGGCUUAAAUCUAGGUUUGGCACCAAAUGUGAUCAAACUGGAGGAUCUGAAGAAGGAAGAUGAUUGCAUCAUAGUCUCCACAACGAGUAUCGAUGACACACCCAAAUGGUUCUCCAUUGUCCGUCGCGAAGUGCCACUGAUUAGCGAGCUGCCAGCGGAGGAGGGUGGACAGGUGGCCCAGGAACUCCAGCAUGGCUAUGCGAAUCAUAAUUGCUCUGCACAGCUUCAGCUGCAGGGUCAUCCCUGGGAUCUAAUCAACAAUAUGCAAUACUAUUCCAUACCCAUGGAUGAGUGCAAGGUGGACGCUGGGAAGCUCGGCCACGAGUGCAUCUUCUCGCUGAGCGGCCUUGAUGAGAAGCAAAUGCUGGCCAAAAUUGAGGAGUACCACAACAGCAGCAGCAACAGCAGCAAGGUGGAGUCAAAAAACGGUCUGGGCUCUCCUCAUCGCCACCAUGUCAACGAUGAGACUGAAGAUGAUGAGGAGAUGAGGGCCACCAAGCUGAAGGAGAUUGUCGCCGGAGGAGAGGCGGAUGCUGAGGAGCUAACCGGAGCGAGUAAGGACAAGUUUUUUCGCUUGCGCUCUGAUGCACCGCCAGACACGGGAGGAGGAGGAGCCGCAGCAGCACCAGCAGGAGCAGCAGCAGCCGGGGACGUGAAACCCAAGAUUGAGCUGCGUCUGGAUGAGGCAUUGUCGCAGGCGUAUUACCACAACAUUGCCAACAUGUCGCUGAGCAGUGUACAAACGUACAUACCCAUUGACAUACCGCUGCCGCUCUCCAUGACCCCGGACGAGCACCGGCUGCUGGAGCAGGUGAAGCUAGCCGGCUUCCCGGAACGCGUUCAUGGCGUCUAUGUGCCCCGACGACAGCGCUACGGCUGGUGGCAGCUGGACGAUGACCAGAAGCUAAGGCAGCUCCUCAAGACCCUGAAUCCAUCCGGAUUGAGGGAACGUGAACUCCAAGAGAAUCUCCAGAGGUUCCUCGGCCUGGAACAGCCACUGGGUGUGAGUUAUCAACUCAAACCUGAUCCUGAGCAUCCGGAGGAGUACAUGAUGCCUGACCAGGCUGGCGAUUGGAACCCCAAGGUGGCUAAGCGUGUGGAACUAGCUCUGCUCGAGCAACUGGAGUCGCUGGAGGACAAGGUGGCCAGUGCAUCGAUGCAACUGAAGAACUGGCAGCUCCCGAAUCGGGUUGAAAGCGAACUAACCCUCGAUUCCAGCCAAGAGGAUGUCGCCGAAGAGGACUUUGUGAGCAUUAUACCGAUGAUACGCGAGAGGAUUAUCGAUUUGGAGGCGAAUAUCGAGCGACGCUACUUGAAGCCACCGCUGGGCUCCCAGACGGGGGACGCUCACUUGGCGGUAAUUGCCCAGAAUCAGCAUACGACGACGCAGACCCAGAAUUCGGCCUCGGCGGCAGCAUAUCUGCUGCAGAUGCAGCAGCAGCAGCAACAGCAACAACUGGCCCAACAGCAACAGCAGGCGCAGCAGGGAUCAGGAUCGGGCACGGGCAACAAUAGCCUCAAUCCCUCAUCGUUCAAUGAACGCACCAUGGCUCUGGCGGCGGCAGCAGCCGCAUCCUCGACAGGAGCAGUGAAUCCCAGUGGAGGAGGCGUAACCACACCCUGUGAUCCGGAAGCCAACUCGGGCAAUGCCUCGCCGGCGAGCAACUGUGACAGCGAUCGUGAUGAGAAGGUGGAGAAUAUACCCAAGGGUCUGGUGCAGUGGCGGGAUGCAGUGUCACGAUCACACACCACCGCCCAACUGGCCAUGGCCCUGUACGUCCUGGAAUCGUGUGUGGCCUGGGACAAGAGCAUCAUGAAAGCGUAUGCAACAAGAAACAAGUCCAGCAAGAAGGAGAAAAAGGGCAGCGCCCAAAAGCAGGCAACGAAGCGCAAGCCCCAAAAGAAGCAAGAAAAGAAACAGAUGCAGGAAAAUGAGCCAGAGAUGAAAAGCAAUGGGAAAACCCCCAAGAAAACGCCCAAGAAGAAGUCAACCCUAAGCAUCAAAAUCAAUCUAAAGGCCCUGGAGCAGCUGGAACAGCAAAAAUCGAACCUUAAAUCCAACCCAAACCCAUCCCAAAACCAAUCCUCUACUUCAUCCUCAUCCCCGGACUCCGACUCGGACUUUGCCACACCACAGACGCCAACGCCAACGCCAACGCAAACUCCGACCAAGAAGGAUAAUAAGAGACGCUCCUCCUCCUCCUCAAACUCUAGAAAAUAUUCGAAAUAUUCCUUACAGAACUGCCAGUUUUGCACAUCCGGCGAGAACGAGGAUAAGCUACUGCUGUGCGAUGGCUGCGACAAGGGCUAUCACACGUAUUGCUUCAAGCCCAAAAUGGACAACAUACCCGAUGGCGAUUGGUACUGCUACGAGUGCGUCAACAAGGCCACCAAUGAGCGCAAGUGCAUCGUUUGUGGCGGCCAUCGUCCCUCGCCCGUGGGCAAGAUGAUCUACUGUGACUUGUGUCCACGAGCCUAUCACGCCGACUGCUAUAUACCGCCGCUCCUGAAGGUGCCGCGCGGCAAAUGGUAUUGUCAUGGCUGCAUCUCUCGUGCUCCACCGCCCAAGAAGCGUAGCACAGGCGGCGGUGGUAGCAGUAGCAGUAGCAGCAAGUCCAGGAGAGAUCGGGACAGGGACAAUCGAGAACGAGAUGGUGGAGCGGCGGCAGCCAAACGAAGUAGCAAGCCGCCGCAUGGAGGAGCCAUGGAAAUGCAGCAGCAGCAGCAACAGCAGCAGCAGCUACAGAUACAGCCACUGGCAGCAGGGGAUUCCCAUGCGCAUCAGCAGCAUCAUCAUCAUCACCAUCAUCAUCAUCAGUCGCUAAAUUCCUCGCACGAUGAGUCCAUGAAUUCGCUAUCGACGGCGGCACCGCUUAGUCCGGCGCAUUCGGUGGCCUCGGUAACAACCUACGAUGACCAACAGCAACAGCAGCAGCAGCAGCCGGGGGCGGCGCACAUCAACGUCAACACCAAUUCGGUUGAUGGCAGCAGCCGCUUUCAAACCUCAAAUAACAACGGGACGGAGGAUGUGCUGCCCGGCUAUCCAGUAGCUGCAGCCUAUCCAUCAUUAGUUGGCGCUGGUAGCUUCUCAUCGGCGGCGGCGCCAGUGCCGCCAGCCAUGCAAUUUGCCAUGUCGCCGCGUGCUGUUACGCCGACGCGUACCAGAACACCAACGCCGACCCCGGUGCAAACGCCACCGCCGCCUCCACCCGGGCCCCUGCAGCCGCCGCUGAUAAUGCAGCAGGCUUCGCCCACCACCCAUGCCGCCGCCCUCCAUGUAACCGCCUGCCAGUCGCCGCCCCAACAUCAGCAUCAUCAGCAGCAGCAGCAGCUGAUGACCAUGCCCUCGCCGCCAGCAGGAGGAGCCGGUGCAGGUGCAGGUGCUGGUGCAGGCACACAAAUGUCACCGCCGCCCAUCAACAUUCAUGCCAUGCAGGAGGCCAAGGAGAAGCUGAAGCAGGAGAAGAAGGAGAAGCAUGCCACCAAGAAGCUGAUGAAGGAGCUGGCCGUCUGCAAGACCUUACUAGGGGAAAUGGAGCUCCAUGAGGACUCUUGGCCAUUUCUGUUGCCAGUGAACACCAAACAGUUUCCCACAUAUCGCAAAAUAAUCAAAUCUCCCAUGGAUUUGUCCACCAUCAAGAAGAGAUUAAUGGAUUUGAGCUACAAAACCCGCGAGGACUUUUGCGUGGAUGUUCGACAGAUCUUUGACAAUUGCGAAAUGUUCAAUGAGGACGAUUCACCUGUGGGCAAGGCAGGACAUGGUAUGCGCAAGUUCUUUGAAUUGCGUUGGAACGAACUGACGGACAAGCACUCCUGAUCCUGUGGCAAUGCCAUUGCUGGAACAGCCACACAUCCCAUUGAGAUGGUCACCUUGAUAGCUACUUCGCAGGAGAAUGAGGAUCAGGAUGAGCAGAAGAAAGCCAUCGCAGAGGCGACUUCAACAACUACAACAACAACAAAAACAGCAGCAUUAACAGAAGCAGCACAAUUUUGGUCAAGAGAUUAGAGAUUAGGUUUAAGGAGAAAAGUAGCAGCAGCAGCAGCAGCAGAGAAUGUACAUAAAUAGGGGGAUUACAGAUGUAGAAAUAGGAAGCACACAAUUAAUAUAUAAUAUAUAUAUAGAUAUAGUAGAUAUAUAUACAAGCGAGAGUAUUCAACGUCCUACCACGUUCAAGCUUCGAAAUCACCACAGCCAAGGCGAACAAGCGAGCAAGCGACAAAUUGUAUUUAGUUUUUUAUAUAAAAUGCUUAAACAAUAACUAUUUAAUUAUACAUGAAACCUAAUCGUAAAGCAUAAGAAGCCAUUUACAAACAGUAGGAGGAGACCGCUGACACGCUGACGCUGAGCACGUACAAAAGUCUGUCUCCCCAUUUCCAAAACCCACACGAUCGAUCCACAGUAUUUUUUUCGGGCACAAAGUAUGCGUUUUAAGUUUAGAAAAAGGAUCAACGAAGAGGACGCGCCACUGCUCAUUUAAGUUUUUAACAUGUAUUUUGUACUUAUAAAACAUUUGUAUCUAAAAACGCGUAUAUAUAUAUAUAUAUAUAUUAAAGACUAGAGCUAAACGAUUAUACUCGAAAAGGAAGUAAAAUGUAAAUGGAAAGCAACAAAAAUUGAUUAAAUGUAUUAAAUUAUUUAUACCGUGUAAAUUGUCCCUUCAAUUGGAACACAAGAUGCAUUAAAUAAGUUUCGGAGGGAUCUCGAAUCUCCGAUACUCACUGUACUGUAGUCUUUUGGUAACUCUUUCAAUCGAAAACCGUAAAACUUUUUGGCAAAUCGCAAAAAUACAA